AUGUUUGGUGUCCCUACUCCACCCGUGUUUGGUGUCCCUACUCCACCCAUGUUUGGUGUCCCUACUCCACCCAUGUUUGGUGUCCCUACUCCACCCGUAUUUGGUGUCCCUGCUCCACCCAUGUUUGGUGUCCCUGCUCCACCCAUGUUUGGUGUCCCUACUCCACCCGUAUUUGGUGUCCCUGCUCCACCCAUGUUUGGUGUCCCUGCUCCACCCAUGUUUGGUGUCCCUACUUCACCCAUGUUUGGUGUCCCUGCUCCACCCAUGUUUGGUGUCCCUACUCCACCCAUAUUUGGUGUCCCUGCUCCACCCAUGAUUGGUGUCCCUACUUCACCCAUGUUUGGUGUCCCUACUCCACCCAUGUUUGGUGUCCCUACUCCACCCAUGUUUGGUGUCCCUGCUCCACCCAUAUUUGGUGUCCCUGCUCCACCCAUGUUUGGUGUCCCUACUCCACCCAUAUUUGGUGUCCCUACUCCACCCAUGUUUGGUGUCCCUGCUCCACCCAUGUUUGGUGUCCCUACUUCACCCAUGUUUGGUGUCCCUACUCCACCCAUGUUUGGUGUCCCUACUCCACCCAUGUUUGGUGUCCCUACUCCACCCAUAUUUGGUGUCCCUGCUCCACCCAUGUUUGGGGUCCCUACUUCACCCAUGUUUGAUGUCCCUACUCCACCCAUGUUUGGUGUCCCUACUCCACCCAUGUUUGGUGUCCCUACUCCACCCAUAUUUGGUGUCCCUGCUCCACCCAUGUUUGGUGUCCCUACUCCACCCAUAUUUGGUGUCCCUACUCCACCCAUAUUUGGUGUCCCUGCUCCACCCAUGUUUGGUGUCCCUACUCCACCCAUAUUUGGUGUCCCUGCUCCACCCAUGUUUGGUGUCCCUACUUCACCCAUGUUUGGUGUCCCUACUCCACCCAUGUUUGGUGUCCCUACUCCACCCAUGUUUGGUGUCCCUACUCCACCCAUAUUUGGUGUCCCUGCUCCACCCAUGUUUGGUGUCCCUACUCCACCCAUAUUUGGUGUCCCUACUCCACCCAUAUUUGGUGUCCCUGCUCCACCCAUGUUUGGUGUCCCUACUUCACCCAUGUUUGGUGUCCCUACUCCACCCAUGUUUGGUGUCCCUACUCCACCCAUGUUUGGUGUCCCUACUCCACCCAUGUUUGGUGUCCCUACUUCACCCAUGUUUGGUGUCCCUACUCCACCCAUGUUUGGUGUCCCUACUCCACCCAUAUUUGGUGUCCCUGCUCCACCCAUGUUUGGUGUCCCUGCUCCACCCAUGUUUGGUGUCCCUGCUCCACCCAUGUUUGGUGUCCCUACUUCACCCAUGUUUGGUGUCCCUGCUCCACCCAUGUUUGGUGUCCCUACUCCACCCAUAUUUGGUGUCCCUGCUCCACCCAUGUUUGGUGUCCCUACUUCACCCAUGUUUGGUGUUCCUACUCCACCCAUGUUUGGUGUCCCUACUCCACCCAUGUUUGGUGUCCCUACUCCACCCAUAUUUGGUGUCCCUGCUCCACCCAUGUUUGGUGUCCCUACUCCACCCAUAUUUGGUGUCCCUACUCCACCCAUAUUUGGUGUCCCUACUCCACCCAUAUUUGGUGUCCCUACUCCACCCAUAUUUGGUGUCCCUGCUCCACCCAUGUUUUGUGUCCCUACUUCACCCAUGUUUGGUGUCCCUACUCCACCCAUGUUUGGUGUCCCUACUCCACCCAUGUUUGGUGUCCCUACUCCACCCAUAUUUGGUGUCCCUGCUCCACCCAUGUUUGGUGUCCCUACUCCACCCAUAUUUGGUGUCCCUACUCCACCCAUGUUUGGUGUCCCUACUCCACCCAUAUUUGGUGUCCCUACUCCACUCAUGUUUGGUGUCCCUACUCCACCCAUGUUUGGUGUCCCUACUCCACCCAUGUUUGGUGUCCCUACUCCACCCAUAUUUGGUGUCCCUGCUCCACCCAUGUUUGGUGUCCCUACUUCACCCAUGUUUGGUGUCCCUACUCCACCCAUGUUUGGUGUCCCUACUCCACCCAUGUUUGGUGUCCCUACUCCACCCAUAUUUGGUGUCCCUGCUCCACCCAUGUUUGGUGUCCCUACUUCACCCAUGUUUGGUGUCCCUACUCCACCCAUGUUUGGUGUCCCUACUCCACCCAUGUUUGGUGUCCCUACUCCACCCAUGUUUGGUGUCCCUACUCCACCCAUAUUUGGUGUCCCUGCUCCACCCAUGUUUGGUGUCCCUACUUCACCCAUGUUUGGUGUCCCUACUCCACCCAUGUUUGGUGUCCCUACUCCACCCAUGUUUGGUGUCCCUACUCCACCCAUGUUUGGUGUCCCUGCUCCACCCAUGUUUGGUGUCCCUACUCCACCCAUGUUUGGUGUCCCUACUCCACCCAUGUUUGGUGUCCCUGCUCCACCCAUGUUUGGUGUCCCUGCUCCACCCAUGUUUGGUGUCCCUACUCCACCCAUGUUUGGUGUCCCUACUUCACCCAUGUUUGGUGUCCCUGCUCCACCCAUGUUUGGUGUCCCUGCUCCACCCAUGUUUGGUGUCCCUACUUCACCCAUGUUUGGUGUCCCUGCUCCACCCAUGUUUGGUGUCCCUACUCCACCCAUGUUUGGUGUCCCUACUCCACCCAUAUUUGGUGUCCCUGCUCCACCCAUGUUUGGUGUCCCUACUCCACCCAUGUUUGGUGUCCUUGCAGAAUCCUGCCCUUCCCUUCCUUCUUUUUGCUAUGCAUUUAAAAAUUAUUUCUAUUCUUAA